AUGAUGACGAUCUCCGAUCUUUUAAAGAAACUGGUAGAAGAGAUUGUCUCUAGGGUUCCCUUGAGAGUGCUAUCAACUUGGAAAAAUUGGAACACUUUAUCCAAAAGUCAGAGCUUUGCGAAGAUGCACACUGGUGAACAAGGCGAGCUUCGGAUGGCUGUGUUGAUGGAUUAUAAUCUUUCUUUAGCAAGCGUCUUCAUCAAUGGAGAUCAACCAUCCAUAAAGCCUCAAGGAAAAGUUAGUUGCCUUGACGAACAAGUCAAAAUAUCUCAAGUCUUUCACUGCGAGGGAUUAUUGUUAUGCGUCUUGGAAGAAGACGAUACUAAAGUUGUGGUUUGUAAUCCAUAUUUAGGGCAAACAAGGUGUAUCGAAUCAAGAUAUUCUCACCGUCCAAACAGAUGGGACAGGUUUACUUACGCUCUCGGAUACGAGGAUAAGAAAUCUUGUCGUAAGCUCAAGUUCUUGAGGUUUAUAGAUAAAUAUUACAACGCAAAAGAAGACCAAUUUUUCUGGUAUGAAAUCUACGAUUUCGACUCUGGUUUAUGGAAGACACUUGAACUCAAUCCACACUGGCGUAUCUUGUUUGGCACGUGUGGUGUUUCUCUCAAGGGAAACACUUACUUGCCUGCUUCAAAAAGGAGUGCUUCAAAAAGUUACUCAGAAGACGAACUUGAAGACCUUGACGAUCACAUAAUCUGUUUUGAUUUCACAAGUGAGAGUUUUGGGCCGCUUCUACGUCUUCCUUUUGACGCUGGAGUUGAUGACUAUGUGAAUUUAUCUUGUGUUGGAGAAGAGAAGCUGGCUGUUACACUUACGCACAAUGAAGUAAAUCCAUAUGAGAUUGACGUAUGGAUCGCAACUAAGAUCGAGGCCGAGGAGGUGUUGUGGAGCAAGUUCUUGAAAGUGGAUACGGCACCUAAUUUCUAUAUGAUUCCAUGUACGGGUUUCUUCAUUGACGAGGAGAAGAAAGUUGUCAUGGGUUUUGCAGAAGACCGUCACAAAACGUUUAACAUUCUUGGAGAGGAUGGAUACUUUAGAAAAUUGGAUUUCGGAGAACGUGCCUAUAGAAACUGUAGGCCACAAGCAUGCUCUUAUGUUCCAAGUUUAAUGCAGGUCAAGCAACCUCUUGCUUCAGGAGGCCAAAGCAAACAACAAAGCGACUUAGAGAAGCGUCGAUAUGAUCAAAACAUGUCGAGACUUCUAGCACUAGAAGAAAAGCGAGCCGAGGAGGAAGAAAGGAGAAACUGA